AUGAUGAACGCAGAGUUAUUGGACAAAAAUUUCGGUGUAUGCUUUCCGGAGGAACUGGAUGGGUGCUUGGAUGUACAGCAGGGAUCGGCGAAUUGCUGUAAGUUCAAUCGAUGGGGUUCGAUGAUCGCAGUUGGCAGUAUUGAUGGUCGUGUGUACAUUUUUGAUGUUAUCACGAAAGGUGUUGUGAAGAGUUGGAUGUGCCAUGGCUAUCCAAUAACCGCGUUGAGCUGGUCUCGGGAUGGUCGUAAACUGUUGACGGGUGCAACCGAUUGGUCGGUAGCAAUCUGGGAUGUUAUGGAGGGAACACGUUUGCAGCGUUUCGUUUAUGGAUCACCCAUCAUAUCAGCGAUGUUCAAUCCAAGAGACGAGUUCCAAGUUCUGGUCGUGUAUUUGAGUGGCAAUCCUGUGGUGGAAGACGUGAAAGCGAAACAACAAACUGAGAUACGUUUCGAUGGGCUUGCAGACGACCAGAUCGGUGAUGUGACUGUGGCGACGUUCGAUCGUCGUGGUAAAUUCAUCGUAACCGGUAGCAGCAAGGGACGGAUCGCAUUCUACGACUCGAAAAGCAUUCAAAUGAUCACUUAUGUGAAACAAAAUGCUGUACAUCAGAUUAAAAAUAUCCUCUUGACAAGGCGUGGUGAUUUCCUACUGACGAACUCCCAAGAUCGUAUAAUACGCACGUACAAUUUAACCGAUUUGUUAUCAAAACCACAAGGUACUUCAGUGGAACCAAUGCAGAAACUGUUGGAUAUUGUUAAUAAGGAGAACUCGAAGUAUAUUGAGAAAGAAUCGGAGUUCGAUUUGGAAGAUGAGGAUGCUGAUGAGCCGGCAACACACUCUACACAGGUCAAACAAUUUAAUUUCUUUUCGGAUCGAAAGGAUGAAGACGACGAGUCGGUAGAUGUAGUCACAGUGAAAACGAACGCCAUCUAUUGUAGUUCGGACGAAGAGGAAGCAACUAAUGAGGAAUUGAACAGUAGUGAUUUUGUGAUGGAUCUGACCGCGAAGAGCGGUCCACUGUGGUUCUUGCCGAUCUCACCGGAGGUGGAAAAUCCAGAAGAAAAUCCAUUAUCGUUGCUUUAUGAUUCUGAGAAUGGUUCGAACAAUCAUGAUAGUGAUUACUCAGCAGGGAUUCGUAAACGAACCUCAACAGGUAGUGCUUCGAGUAAUGGAAUGGCAUCGAGGAUGUUAAUUAAGCAACGUAAAACGAAGUGA